GAGGGAGGGAGCACCACCUGCAGUUAGACUGAAGCUCUCUCGGCCUCGCUAUUGGACACCAGACUCCCUCCCAGGACCUGUGGCACAAUGAAAGGUGUGAGGACCAUCACGUUAACUUACCUUCUCACUCUUUUACUUCUCUCGACCUUUGUCUCGCAGUCGUGGAGCGCGCCAAAGGGCUCUUUCCAAAGACGAAACUGGACCCCUCAGGCGAUGCUGUACCUCAAGGGCACACAGGGACGCAGGUUCAUCUCAGAGGACCGAAAGGAAGGAGAUGUCUAUGACACGUUACACUUGGAGACGCGCAGUCAGAACACAGAGACGCUGAGUGUGGACCAGGCGGCCACCAUCCUGCUCAACUUCCUGCAGCAGGCCAGAGAGGGAGCCGACGAAAACCCAGACGAGGUGUAUUUCCAGGAGCUGCCGGUGUGGAAGAGGGAAUUCUUCUGACGGUCUUUGAUACGUUUGUAAAACUUGCCUGGAAAAAAAACAACGUCUUUGUCUUUGAAUGUAGAACUCGUUCGCGUUCUGAACCGCUGUUUUGUAUGUUUGAAAUGUGAUGUUUUAAUAAAAAGAAGUGAAAUUCACAGCA